ACCACGUGGAUAAGGCACAUAUGACACGUUGCCUCCUCCUCCGCGUCACAUCAUCAACUUACGUUGGAAUCGUCUGCUAUUUGUCACACGUCGCAAGCUGCGAGUGACCCUUUAUCCGUCUCAUUCGUGUGUUUAUAACGAGUGUCUGAAGAUUAGAGCAAACGCCAUCGAGAUAUUUGAUGUAUUUCGCAUCAAAAGUCUGCGUGAACCUAUAACGUUUUUCAUUGAAACGAAAAGAGAUCCUUUCCAUAAUUUCUUGGAUUAUUUGCGAUAAGAGCAAUUGCGUGUAAACAAUGCCUGCUGCACCUAGUGCUACUUCCGUUGGCUCGGUUGGACGGUCGCCCAGUAAAGCCAUAGCACCAAGAACAGGUGGUAGUGGUACCGUCAGGCAAAGGAAAACCACUGUAGCUUCUUCGGCUAGGAAUAGAAAUACAGGCACAAAUUCCGGUGGCAUGUGGAGGUUCUAUACGGAUGAUUCACCUGGUAUCAAAGUAGGUCCUGUACCAGUACUUGUAAUGUCACUUUUAUUCAUUGCAUCCGUAUUUAUGCUUCAUAUUUGGGGAAAAUACACUCGAAACUAGAGUUUGAUAUAAUCUAAUAAGAUCGAACUGAAAAAGUCAAGAAGCGAUGGACAAUGCAAAAUAAAUUAACAUCUUGAGCAGAUAAUAUGUAUGAUAUAUAUAUAUAUAUAUAUGAUUUUUAUAUGUUAUCAAGAAAAGGUGAAUAUAUAUAUAAUACAUCAUUAAAAAAUUUAUCAUAAAAUUCAUUAUAAUGCAAUAGACAUCAUUAUUGUUAUAUGAUCGGAAUGUAUUAAUACUGUGGAAUAAUACAUUAAGAGAGUGGAAGUCUUUUUUACAUAAAUCCAUGAAUUAUAUGUAUUGUGCAAAAAGUGUGAAAGUAUUUAGUUUGCAUUUUGUAAUGUUAAGAGCAUAAAAAUAUGUAAUAUUGAAA